CAAUAGUGCAGCAGAGAACAGGGACAAAACCACAGCUCAUUUUCAGUACAACACAGACAUGUUUCUAUCUUUUCGCCUGGUAGUAGAACACAGCACCUGAAAUAAAAGUGAGCAAAGUAUAGAUUUAAUGAAUGUCUCAUAACUGACACAUUAGUUUGGUACUGGGUGGAAUAAUGGUGACUCUGAAACACUUGAGUGUUAAGGAUAAUGAGGAAGACAGCGUUCCUCUGUUACCGGAAGCCAGCAGUUCAGAGAACCCUACCACCCAACACUGGAGGGCAGAGUCCAGGGAAUUCUUCCUCAGUCGGAGGAACAAUCUCAUUUUAAGCAUAUUUCUCUUGUUGAGCUGUUACUCUGCACUUCUGGUUCCUGCAUAUCUGCCAGCCCCAGAGCUGACCUGGACUAAUGACAGUUCUAAUGAAACUCUGGUUCUUCUGAAUCACUCAGCGGCUCUGCUGUCUCAGUCAUGUCGCAGUGGGUGGAGUGUGGAGAGAGUGAGGACACUGUCCACACCCGCUGGGCUCCUAAAGAUCCCUGUGUUCUUGGAGAAUGGCACGGGCGACUGGGCACUGCCCCCUCCUCUGGGUCUGCAGGGCACUGAGGACAUGGUGGCUCAGGCCCUAAGAGCUUUACCUCAUACUGGUUUGCCCUCUGGCUCUGAGACCUGCAGGAAAUGUGUGGUGGUUGGAAGUGGUGGUAUUUUACAUGGCAAAAAUCUUGGACCUCAUAUCGACCAGUAUGACAUUAUAAUCAGAAUGAACAAUGCUCCGGUACUUGGAUUUGAGAAAGACGCUGGCUCUAGAACUACCAUUCGACUGAUGUAUCCAGAAGGAGCUCCUUCCCUGGCACAAGAAUACAAGAGUACUGAAAUGGUGGCCUUGGUUGUAUUCAAGAGCUUAGAUUUAGCCUGGCUGACCUCUGUAGUAACCAGUGAACCUCUGAGUUGGUGGUCUAAACUGUGGUUCUGGAGGGGUGUGAUUGACUCGAUUCCUCUUCAACCAGAAAACUUUCGCAUCCUGAACCCUGAAAUUAUGUACAGGACUGGACAGGUGCUGCAGACUUACGCAGGGCAACAGAGAAAGAUGGUGCCAACCCUGGGCAUAAGUGCAGUAGUUCUAGCCCUGCAGGUGUGUGAUGAGGUGAGUCUGGCUGGAUUCGGAUAUGACCUGCAGCACCCUGGAGCCUUGCUGCAUUACUACGAGUCUCUCCGCAUGGACGCUAUGAAGACACAGGUGGUCCAUGACAUCAGUGCUGAGACCAUCUUACUGAGGGAACUGGUUAAAGCCGGAGCAGUGCAGGACCUCACAGGUGCAUUAUGAUGUCAUCAGAGAUGGUAAAACAGUUGGAAGGAGUUAUCUUCUAUUUCGAGGUGGAAAUAAGAUGACAAUCAAUGCAAAUUAAGCCUAUUUUUAGGAACAUCAAUGUUGUCAUUAUCAUUUUGGGGUGAAAUAUGACCUGGAGAUUCCUUUGUGAGAUUCACCUAAUAAAUGAAUAUACAGAAAGUGGCAGUUAGAACAUUUAAUUCGCUUUUUAAAAAGUAACUGAAUUAAAUCUUAAACCAAAGCCACUAUAAUCCACACAAAUAUAUAUAUAUAUAUAUAUAUAUAUAUAUAUAUUACCGGUCAAAAGUUUUGAAACACUCAUUCUUUAUUAUAAUUUUUUUUUUUUUUUUUUUUUUUACAUUUUAGAAUAAUAGUAGUCAUCAAAACUAUGGAAUAACAUAAAUGGAACUAUGGGAAUUAUGUUGUGACUAAACAAAAUCCAAAAUAAAUCAAAACUGUGUUAUAUCUUAGCAUCUUCAAAGUAGUCACCCUUUGCCUAGAAUUUGCAGACAUGUACUCUUGACAUUUUCUCAACCAACUUCUUGACGAAUCACCCUGGGAUGCUUUUUAAACAGUAUUGAAGGAGUUCCCAUCUAUAUGCUGGGCACUUAUUGGCUGCUUUUCUUUCUUAUUUGGUCCAAGUCAUCAAUUUAAAUUUGUUUUUUUAUUUUUAUUACAUUUUAGAUUUAUAAUGAAUUAAAUUAAUAUCGUGGCACAAUUAUAUUUUUCAAACAUUUAAACAUACGCCUUCAGAUCAAAAGAUUUUUAAGAUCAUGAGAAACAUUUCAGUCAAGUGUUUCAAAACUUUUGACCGGUAGUGUAUAUUUUUUAUGAAAGAUGACAAAUAUUACAUUGUAAUAUAUUUAUUUAUCUUGGAAAUCCAAUCAUAUUGUAUAUUAUAUAAAAACAUUAAUUUUUACACAACAUUAUAUACUGUAUAUGAGCAAUAUUCAAUCAAUAAAUCUUUUCUGUUCUCAAUUAAUCUGUGACAUCUCACAUUAUCUGUUUUAAAAAAAUAAA